AUGUCUUCAAUUAAAAUCAACAUUUUUUUCACUGGUGCAACUGGUUAUAUCGGAGGAAGUAUUUUAAAUGAACUACUUAAACAUCCAAAUGCUUCAAACUUUAAUAUUACUGCUCUUAUUCGUGGUGAUGAUGAAAGAAUAAAGAAAUUAACAUCACACAAUAUUACACCUUUAAUUGGUUCGAAUGAUUCGUUUGAUAUAAUUGAAAAAGCUGCAAGUGAAUCCCAUAUAGUUAUUCAUACUUCGAACUCAGCUGACGAUCUUCCAUCAACUAAAGCUAUCAUAUCUGGUUUAAACAAACGAACUAAAGAAACAGGAAAAUCAGCUAUAUAUAUUCAUACAAGUGGUACAGGUGUUCUUACAGAAGAUGUUCGUGGAAAAGCUGGCUCUGACACUGUCUAUUCUGAUCUUAAUCCUGAUCAAAUCAACGGUCUUGCUGAUGAACAACCUCAUCGUGAAAUCGAUCUCUUCAUUAUUAAUUCAGCAGAUGCAAAUCCUCUUUUAAAAACUGUUAUCGUUCUUCCUCCUCUCAUUUAUGGUAUUGGUGCCGGUCUAUUUAAUCGUACUUCUGUACAACUUCCAUGUCUUAUUCGAGCAGCCUUGAAAAGACAUAAAACUGAAAUGAUUGGACAAGGUCAAGCAACAUGGAACAACGUUCACGUUGCUGAUUUAAGUGAUGCUUAUAUUAUUUUAUUUAAUCAAUUGCUUGCUGCAUAUGGUCCUGAUGCCAAAGCCGACGCAGAACCCACUCCAUAUCUAACAACAGGACGAGAAGGUUAUUAUUUUGCUGAGAAUGGAAAACAUUCUUGGCAACAACUCUCAGAAAAAAUUGGUGAAGUUUUAUACAAGAAAGGGAUUGUUAAGUCACCUGAGGUUACAAGUUUUCCAGAUGAUGAAGUAGAAAGUAGUCUCUGGGGCAAAUAUAGUUGGUAUAUAUUGGGUAGUCAAUCAAAUUCAAAAGCUGAACGAAUUAGAAAAUUAGGAUGGAAACCACAUCGACAAAAUAUUUUCGAUAGUGUUGAAGAACAAGUCGAUGCCUUAACUAAUAAUAUCAAAGAUUGA